AUGAAUAACUCUUCUAAAUUAUGCCGUAAGACUUCUUUUCCAAGAGGCAAUAUAUUCUGCAACCUCAUUGACAAGAUAGUCAAGAGGCCCUCUUUGCAGUUUCUGGGUCAGUGGGGGUACCACUGCUAUGAACCCAGGAUUUACAGAACACUGGCAAAAAUUCUGAGGUAUGUUGACUUGGACGGCUUUGACAUACUCCUCACUGACUAUAUCGCAUUUGUGGAAAAGUCAGGACACCGUUUUGAACUCAAUUUCAAUCUCGAAUUUACUGAAAUUUGCGUGAAUACCAUUCUGUACUGGGUUUUCGCCAGAAAAGGUAAUCCUGACUUUGUGGAACUGCUUCUUAAGAAGACGAAGGACUAUGUCCAAGAUAGAAGCUGCAGCCUGGCACUGAUAUGGAGAACCUUCACACCCGUGUACUGCCCUAGCCCAUUGAGUGGAAUCACACCUCUGCUCUAUGUGGCUCAGACAAGACAGUCAAAUAUCUUAAAAAUUCUCCUGCAGUAUGGAAUCCUAGAAAGAGAAAAAAACCCUAUGAACAUUGUUUUAACAAUACUACUCUACCCUUCGAGAGUGAGAAUAAUGGUUGAUCAUGAGUUGAUUGACAUUCAAGAAGAUGCCAAGACAUGUUUAAUGCUAUGUUCCAGAGUGCUUUCUGCAAUCUCAGUCCGGGAGAUAGAGACACAGCUGAGCUUGGGAAGACGUCCAAUUAUUCAAAAUUGGUUGGACUACAUUCCUCCAACAAGAUACAAUGACCCAUGUGAACUCGUCCACCUUUGCAGACUAACCAUCAGGACCCAACUGUUAGCCAACAAUAUGCUCCCAAAUGGAAUAUUUUCACUUCUAAUUCCUGCUCGUCUACAAAACUUCCUGAAUUUAGAAAGCUAACAUGCAUCUUUAUGCUGUUCUUUAGAAUGAUAGCAUUGUACAAUUUAGAAGUUAAUAAACUAUUAACUUCAGGCAAGUUUGUUGCACUGGAUAAUCUGUUAGAAGAUACGUUUUCAGAGCUAGAGAUAUUCCCCAGUGGUUAAGAGCACUAGUUUCUCUUACAGAAGAUCUGAAAUCAGUUCCCAGCACCCACAUGGUAGCCAGUAACCAUCUAUAACUCCAGUUCCAGGAGAUCUGAUGCCUACUUCUGACCUCUGUGGGCAUCAGACAUGCAUGUGGUAUACAUAUAUUCAUCCACCUUACUGCUGGACCACUUCCCUCUCCACUGCCCAUUCCCGUUCCGCCUCCCAUGUCUCUUCCUUUUUGAUUUAUGUUCUCCCAAUCUGCUCCCUUACAAAGCUGCCACAAACCCAAAUAAUCUGGUUUUAGAAACUUGUACAUAAAAUAAUAUACUGCAAAUGCUAAUUAAAAUGCAAUUAAUGGUAAAGUUCAAAUAUAUUGAUACUCUCAAAGACAGAGAAAUAGGGAAUAUAUAAGUAAUCAAACAAGAUAGUAUAUAUAAUACACAAUAGUGCUAAUUUGCUUCUUAAAGUUCAAAUAUAUUGAUACUCUCUUUCAAAGACAGAGAAAUAGGGAAUAUAUAAGUAAUCAAACAAGAUAGUAUAUAUAAUACACAAUAGUGCUAAUUUGCUUCUUAAAAAAUCUGUAUAUCAUUUGAAUUAUGACUUCUUUAAUAUAGUUGGCUAUUAAUGUUGGAAUACCAAACCAAGCUUAAUGAAGUCAAUAUAUAUUACCAAUAAAUACUGUAAAAUAUCCACAUAUUAAAAAACCAUGGGAACACUGGAAAGAUGCUCAGCUGUUAAGAAUGCUUCCUGCUAUUCCAGAGGACCUGUGUUAGAUUCCUAGCACCCACAACACCUGCUAACUCCAGUUCAAGGGGAUCCCAUGCCCUCUUUUGGCCUCUGCAGAGGCCACAUACAUGUGGCACAUACUCAUACAGAAACAAGCACAUACACAUAAACAAAGAAACUACAGCAUAAACAGUCUGUGGAUAAUUCUGUUGGUCAAAUUUCUAUAAAUAUUUCAACUACUAAAUAAAUGGUUCGGUUCACCCGAGUUCCAGGCACUUAGCUGUUCAAGGAAACAAAAGUCUACAGGGCAGAUCUGUAAAUUAUGACUUUAUGAGCAAAUCACCCACUGAGAUGGAACUGUAAAAUGAGAUGUUGAAGAAGAGAGGAGCUCUUUCCAGUGAAGAAAUAAAUGACUAUUUUCUUUUGCUCUUUUACAAAACAAUGACCUUUUGGUACACUCCGAUGUGGUGGUGAGGACACUGUAUAAAGAGUGUCAUUUGAGUGUGUACAUUCUUCUUGCUGUUUCCUCAGUAUUGUACUCAUAUACCACAUAGAUUGUACUGAUAUUAAAAAUAAUAAUAAUUCUUUACAUUUGUUGUGUGUAUAUGCACACAGGCAUGUAAACCACGGUGUGCAUGUGGAGGUCGGAGGACAACUGGAGGGAAUCGAUUCUCUCCUUCACCACAUGGGUUCCAGGUUGGCAGGGUUGGCAGCAAGUGCCUUUGCCUAAUGGACCGUCUUGCCAGUUCCCUGGGAAUGAAUACACAAGGGAGGCAGAUCAGUGCUGUCUCUCGGUUGCCUUUAUGUAAAACGGGCAGCCAGAAUGAAAAGCAGAAAGAGGAACAAGCCAGCAAGCAGAACACAGACUCCUGAGCGUUAGAAGCAGGCUGUCAACAACCCUUUCCAGUAUCACUCAUUUCAUUUUAAGGUCUUUAUUUUCACCUUUAGGACUAUACUGACUGUCUAGUGACUGUCAAAGACUAGUUCCCAGCAUCGUUCUAAUGAACUUAGAAUCAUUAAUGUCAGAAUUUGGAGAUACCUGGCUAAGAUGUGAUUGAGUCAUAGAGCAUUAUGAUAGACCAGAAUAUAAAUGUUUAAAAGUAGCUUUUCAAACCUAAAAAGGUUAUUUUUAAAGCUAAAACAUUUCUGUCAAUAUUCUGAACUGUAACUUGUAAUAUGGGGAAGUACAAACUUAACCUGACUUCACAAAUGAAGACUAUUGUACAUUUUUUUCUAACAAAAACUUUUCUUUCUCCUGGUGUUGGUGGCAUAUACCUUUAAUCCCAGCACUCAAGAGGCAGAGGCAGGAGGAUCUCUGAGUCCAAGGUCAGUGAUCUACAGAGUGCAUUCCAGGACAGCCAGGACUACAUAGAGAAGCACUGUCUUGAAAAACAAAUCAAAACAAGACAAAAAAAAAAAAAAAAAAAAAAAAA